AUGCAACACGACCUUACGGAGGAGGCAAAUUCGACGCAGACGUCAGAAUUUCAAACAGAGAUACGUAUUGAUGCUUCUUCGUCCUCCAGCUUCGUUGCCACUGCCACUGGUGUGGAAUCUGCAGGCUCGGGCUCCAACAUAUUGCAGAGUGAAGCUAGUGAGCAGACCCCACAGUGUCAAGGUAGUCGUGACGUAAUCUCCGAUGCUGGACAGAGGGGAUCACAAGAAUCCGUUCCACGUGGGUCUCAUGUUCCGGCCCCAUCGGCACAGAACACAAACGGGAGGAGUUCGUUAGACGUGCAGAUUUGCUUUCCAGAUGACCACGAUAACCCACUUCUCACCGAGGCCCUUCAAGACCCUGGUACGGAAAGAGCUAAUCCGGUAGCAACUUUAAGGAAAUUUCAACGGAAUGCCUCAUCCGCUGUAUCACGGCAUCCUCGUGCACCAUCUGCGGGAAGUCGAGCAACAGCAGAUGCAUCAGCUGCCGAUUUUCACGUGCCUGCUGAUGGACAGUCGCAAGAAGGUGCUCCAUCCGUCGGAAACGAGCUAAGAACCGUAUCAUACUCUGCUCCUGCUGCUCCUGAGGCAAGGUCCUCAGGCACGGACACGCCGACUGCCCAGUCAAGUGCCGCUGCAGCGAUGCUACGGACGAAUGCCGCACGUGAAGCAGAACUGCAUUGGCAAGCUCAUCAACGCAACGCAGCAUCUCCCGAGUCCGCGAGUUCGCAUAUGACAAAGAGCGUAUCUCCUGCAGGAGUUGUCCGCAUUGGAGGUCGUAACCGCCGGAAACGCACAAAAUACGAUCUCGCCUACAAACAGAUGGAAGAGCUCGGCCCAUUUGAAGAAGAGGCGAAGUCUGUGGAUAAGACAAAGGUUGCUGGAAACAGCUUCGCCUUAGAGCUCUUGAAAAAUCCACAGCAGUAUUCUCAUGACGCGUGGGAGUACGGGUUUGCUUGGCCUGUUGGUGCUGAUUGCCGCCGCCUGUUGUUACGAAAGCUCCGAGGCGUCUUUUGGUCCAAUCCGGAGAAGUGGCAGCGCGUUCUGCAAGAACACAACCUGUACAGGAGAGAUUUAUUUACAUUUGCAACUGUCCAGGAACUGUUCAAGGUAACCCAUCUCAUGGGCGCUGAAGCGUGGGACUUUCUUCUGAAGUGCACGGCUCUUACACAGAAAUGCGAUGCUCUAACAAGCAAAGAACUUGAUGUUGGACGUGAAGAUGAACCAGGAAGCGUAAGCCCUCGUGGAACCAGCAAACAUGCACAUCACCUAUCAAGCAUGGAUGCAUGCAAGUCAGAAGAUGACGUACAUUCUCCACCGGACAAGAUGCUUGGCGCUGGUUUGCCUUCUUCAGCAUUUUUAAGGAAGCGGGUACCGCAGGCUGCGCGGGCUGACAGAGAUGCGAAUAAGCGCAGCCGUGGUCGCCCCCGAAAGAUUCCAGUCAGGGUUCAGAGAGCUGCGUCAGAACCUGAAGAUGCCUCUGAGGCCUCACCAACCAGGCACUUGCAUACUGGUUUGUCGACACCUACCAGUGAGGCGUUUCGGUGGCUUCCUGAGGCAGAGUCGUCAAAUUUUGCAGAAGGAUGCCGUUCGCCGUUUCACUCGGCAGUAGGAGAGAAGGAGAGCUCACCCCUUCAACCGGAAGAAGAUAAUAAUGCGGUUGGAGGAACUGACAUGCUCGAAACAAGCAUCAAUGAACAGAGGCGCUUACUCGCUUCUUUUAUGAGCACAGCUCCUCCAGUUACAUCCACUAAUGAUAGCUUCUGCCUUCCAGCUACGGGGAAGACUGCAACGUCGGCACCAGAGUUGCGACUUGCACUCGGGGGAAAACCCAGCAACAGCAUGCUUAUGCUAACGACCCACUAUGCGUUCAUGGCGCAGUUCAUGCAAUGUUGUAUGCUCGUGGAAGUUCAGCGGUCACUCUUGAGGAUUGCGGAGAAAUUCAAGACUGUCUGGCCCCCAAACAGAGACCUUCGAGAAAGCUCUUUCCAACCGGAUAGUGGAGGUAUGGACGCUGCAGCUCGUGCUUGCUUUGAUUCGCUUGUUCGCAGCAGCAACGUGCACAUGCAGUUCGUGCAGGUUAUUGUGGAGCAGCUGCAGAAACCGGCUAGCGGCGACCCGCAGCUGCAGAUUCAGCACAUGAGGGAUCGUUUGAUGUUCGCCUCCCCUGAACAAGCACCAGCUAUAGCAAGUGAAGUUAUAGAAGCUCUGCGGGAUAUGGCUCAGCAUACGGAGCAUCGCCCUAAUGGGCCUGCGGAAGGAUUAGAAAAAACGCGGAGAGCAGAUGACGGGGGUCCCCAGAGUAUGUCCUUUACUGCGAGCUGUUACGGUGUCUGA